AUGGCGCCCAAAACGCUCUACGAGAAAAUCUUCGACUCGCACCUCGUCCACGAGGAGGCCGAUGGCACCUGCCUCCUCUACAUCGACCGCCACCUCGUCCACGAGGUCACCUCCCCACAGGCCUUCGAGGGCCUCCGCAACGCCGGUCGCAAGGUGCGCAGGACCGACUGCACCCUCGCCACCGUAGACCACAACAUCCCCACCGCCUCCCGCAAGGCCUACAAGGACACCAAGUCCUUCGUCGAGCAGGCCGACUCCAGAACCCAGUGUCUCACCCUCGAGGACAAUGUCAAGGCGUUCGGUCUCACCUUCUUCGGCCUUUCGGACAACCGCCAGGGCAUCGUCCACAUCAUCGGCCCCGAGCAGGGCUUCACGCUUCCCGGCGCCACCAUCGUGUGCGGUGACUCGCACACCUCCACCCACGGUGCCUUUGGCGCGCUCGCCUUUGGUAUCGGCACCUCCGAGGUAGAGCACGUGCUCGCCACCCAGACCAUCCUCCAGAAGCGCGCCAAGAACAUGCUCAUCCAGGUCGACGGCGAGCUCUCCGAAGGCGUCACCUCCAAAGACAUCAUCCUCCACAUCAUCGGCAUCAUCGGCACCGCCGGCGGCACUGGCCAUGUCAUCGAGUACGCCGGCUCCACCAUCCGCGCCCUCUCCAUGGAGGCGCGCAUGUCCAUCUGCAACAUGUCCAUCGAGGCCGGUGCCCGUGCCGGUCUGAUCGCCCCGGAUGAGAUCACCUACGAGUACAUCAACGGCCGCCCGCUCGCUCCCAAGCAGGGCGCCGCCUGGGACCAGGCGCUCGCCUACUGGAAGUCGCUUCCCAGCGACGAGGGCGCCAACUACGACACGGUCAUCAAGAUCGACGCCAAGGACAUCCCGCCCACCGUCACCUGGGGCACCUCGCCCCAGGACGUCGUCGCCAUCACCGGCACCGUCCCCGACCCCAAGGACGCCAAGUCGGAGGGUGAGGCCAAGGCCAUGGAGCGCGCCCUCGAGUACAUGGGCCUCCAGGCCGGCACGCCCAUGGAGAAGAUCAAGAUCGACAAGGUCUUUAUCGGUUCGUGCACCAACGCGCGUAUCGAGGAUCUGCGCGCCGCCGCGCGCGUGCUCCACGGUCGCAAGGUCGCCGAGGGCCUGUACUGCAUGCUCGUGCCCGGCUCGGGUCUGGUCAAGAAGCAGGCCGAGGCCGAGGGCCUCGACAAGAUCUUCCAGGCCGCGGGCUUCGACUGGCGCGAGGCGGGCUGCUCCAUGUGCCUGGGCAUGAACCCGGACCAGCUGGCGCCCGGCGAGCGCUGCGCCUCCACCUCGAACCGCAACUUUGAGGGUCGCCAGGGCGCCGGCGGACGCACGCACCUCAUGUCGCCCGCCAUGGCCGCCGCUUGCGCCGUGACGGGCUACCUGACCGACGUGCGCAAGGUCGUCGGCUCCUCCACCGCCAAGGUGGGCUCGGACGCCGCCAAGCCCGCGUUUGAGAUCCAGGUGUCGGACGGCAAGUCGUACCUCGUGGACGCCACGCCGGCACCCGCGCCCACCGGUGCGGCCGAGACCGACGAGGACGCGAUUCGCGACGUGCCUGCAUCCAAGAUCUCUACCGCCGGCGCGGGCAUGGACAAGUUCACGGUGCUCACGGGCAUUGCUGCGCCGCUCGAGCGCGCCAACGUGGACACGGACCUGAUCAUCCCCAAGCAGUUCCUCAAGACGAUCAAGCGCACGGGCCUGGGAUCGGCGCUGUUCUGGCCCAUCCGCUACGACGCCAAGACGGGCGAGCCGGACGCGUCGUUUGUGCUCAACCAGUCGCCGUACGAUGCGGCCAAGAUCCUGGUGGUGACGGGGCCCAACUUUGGCUGCGGCUCGUCGCGCGAGCACGCCGCGUGGUCGCUGCUCGACUUUGGCAUCCGCGCGGUGAUUGCCGAGUCGUUUGGCGACAUUUUCCGCAACAACCUCACCAAGAACGGCCAGCUGCCCGUCAUGCUGCCCAAGGAGCAGAUCGUGCGUCUUACCCAGGACGCCAAGGCGGGCAAGCCGAUCACCGUGGAUCUCGAGAACCAGGUGGUGGUCACCGCCGAUGGCAGCGAAAAGUUUGCGUUCGAAACGCCCGAGUUCACGCGCCACUGCCUGCUCAACGGCCUCGACGACAUUGCGCUCACCCUGCAGAAGGACGCCAAGAUCGCCGAGUUUGAGCACAAGAGGAGUGUCAACACCCCCUGGCUCGACGGAUUCGGAUACUCGGCCAAGAUCGAGACUAGCCCCGCCAAGCAGGCGCGCACGGAUUGGUAG